AUGACUGUCCCAACUUUAGAAGAUGCCAGAGCAGCUGUUAAGCAAGGUAACGAAGUGAAAGCUGAACAAUUGUAUCAACAAAUCAUUCAAUCUAAACCAACUACACAUGAUUUCUCAAAUCAAGAAACUGCUAUAUUUGAACUUGGUAAUUUAUACAAAGAUGAACAGGCAAUUGAAAAAUUAACCAAUUUCAUCCCAGAAGCAAGAUCUGUUAUAAGUAGUUUUGCUAAAUCCAAAGCUGCCAAAACUAUUCGUUAUUUGAUUGAUUUAUAUGACAAAAUUCCAAAUUCAACAGAAGCUCAAAUAGCUGCAUUAAAAGAUUCAAUCGAAUGGUCUGUUAAAGAAAAAAGAUCAUUUUUGAACCAAUCAUUACGCUUAAGAUUAGCUAAUGUUCAUUAUGAAAAAAAACAAGAAUAUCAAGCCGCAUUAGCCAUCAUUAACGCAUUACUAAGAGAAUUCAAAAAAUUAGAUGAUAAACCAUCAUUAGUUGAAGUUCAAUUAUUAGAAGCUAAAGUAUAUCACUCAUUAAGAAAUUUGGCCAAAGCAAGAGCAGCCUUAACUUCUGCAAGAACAUCCGCUAAUGCAAUUUAUUGUCCAACAUUAACUCAAGCUGAAUUGGAUAACAUGAGUGGUAUCCUUCAUGCUGAAGAUAAAGAUUACAAAACAGCUUAUUCAUACUUUUACGAAGCUUUCGAAAGUUAUAAUACUCAAGAUGAUGAAAAAAAUUCAAUCAAAGUAUUAAAAUAUAUGCUAUUAUCCAAAAUCAUGUUGAAUUUAAUUAAUGAUGUUAAGCAAAUAAUGACAUCAAAAUAUGCAUCAAAAUAUGUUUCAAAGGAAAUUGAUGCUAUGAAAGCUAUCUCCCAAGCUUAUGAUAACAGAUCUUUGAAAGAAUUUGAGCAAGCUUUAGUUGUUUAUGGUAAAGAAUUGUCUUCAGAUCCAAUAAUUAAAUCACAUUUCAAUGCUUUAUAUGAUCAAUUAUUAGAACAAAAUUUAGUUAAAUUAAUUGAACCAUUUUCUGUUGUUGAAGUUAACCAUAUAUCUAAAAUGAUCGGUCUUGAUAUAAAACAAGUUGAAGGUAAAUUAAGUCAAAUGAUUUUAGAUGAAGUAUUUUAUGGUGUUUUAGAUCAAGGUAAUGGUUGGUUAUAUAUUUAUGAUAAACCAAAAGUUGACGCCACUUAUGAUUCAAGUUUAGAAUUAAUUAACCAUAUGUCAAAUGUGGUGGAAUUACUUUAUGAAAAAGCUGCAACUUUAAACUAA